UACACGGCGUACAGUACAGUUGUUAAUAGACAAGAUUGUGGAAAGUGAAAACUAUUAAAACUUUAAAAGGCAAGAAAAGUGAAAACAAUCUUUUAAUUUGGAUGCCUUUUGGCUGGUGUGAACCUUAUAAAAACUGCACUGCGGCUUCGUUAUGCAUAUCUGCCGUUGAAGUUCAGCUGAAAGCCUUUUAAUCAUCUUAAGUUCUUAACCAGACGUUAACGCAAGUUUACGUCUUGCAACUUCUUCGCCUGGCACGAACCGUAAUCUCUACAUCUGUUGUUUUAUGGUUCCAUGACGUGAAAGCGCCUUCCGAUCUUACCAGCUUGUUUUUGAAGUUUGAACGUGUACUCUUCCGAUCGGAGCCAUGUCGCAAAUGCAGACACGGAAAAAGGAGAAAGGUUCGAGCCUGCCUAAGAACACCCCGUCUUCCUCCUCGACGCGCUCCGAAACGACGACCAGCCAGACGGUUUACGAACGACAGGAGCUGGAAACACGCACGCGCCGCUCACCUGUUGCCAAUGCAUCCACACCGGAUCUGAACAACUCUUCAACCUCUUCUGGACUGGCGGGUUCGCCAUUGUCGCGGCAGCAAGAAAAAGAUGAAUUUAAAGUGCUGAACAACCGGCUUGCCACUUACAUCGACACUAUCCGCCAACAAGAUGAUGAAAUUGUGCAUUUACGAAAACGCGUGGAAACCAUCAAUUCAUCGGAAGCUCACGAAGCCAAAAAGUUGGGCGAUCAGUAUGGUAAAGAAAUCAAUAAUUUGCGACAUGCCUUGGACACGGUCAGCCGAGAUCUCGCCGAAGCCACAACGGAACGCGAUGAACUGCGGGUUCAGAAUAAUGAUUACGCUAACAGAAAUUCCGCUCUCGAGAAUGAGAAAAAGGCUUUGGCUAAAAAACUGAAGGAAGCUGAGGCUCUUUUGAAGGAUGUUCGCGCUCAGUUAUCCGAUUUGAAGGAAAGGAUGAAGGAUCACGAAGAACAGAUCAACACCGCACAAGGCAAGAUUAAAGACCUCCAAUCACAGAUUGAUCAACUGAAGAAAGAACUGGCGGAUGAAACCGUUAAACGAGUUGACGCCCAAAACCGACUUCUAUCGGCACAGGAAGAUCUCCGAUUCCAGAAGACGUUGCAUGAAGAGCAAAUGUCCACACUCAGAAGCCAACGCGUGGUGGAAGUAACGGAAGUGGAAACGCGUUUGCGAGAUGACUAUAAAUCUAAAGUCGCUGAGCAGUUGGAUGUAUUGCGCGAGGAUAUGGAAAUGGUCGCUCGAGAGGCGCAAGAUGAACUCGAGCGUACUUAUAUUCAGCAGCUGGAAGACUAUCGUACGAUGGUGGACCGCAACAGCGCAGAUUAUCGUCACUUGCAGGAAGAAACAAGGACGAUUCAGUCUCGCUUGAAGGAAGUGCAGUCCAAAGGCGAUAAACAGAACCAAGAGUAUCGUAAUCUCAUUAGCCGUUUGGAAAACGAUUUGCGUUCCAAGGAUGUUGAUAUCCAGAGACUGCAAGAUCUGCUGGCUGAUCGACAAGUAGAAUUGCAGCGCAGCCAUUCUGAUUUAUCCGUGCUCAUGGAAAAGUACCAGGAAAUGUAUGGGGAUAAAAUCAGACUGGAUGCCGAGUUGGCGGCCUACCAUGCAAUGUUGAAGGCUGAAGAAGACCGAUUGAAGCUUACUUCACCUCCAUUCCCCUCGACACCAGAAGGUAGCGCUCGCCGAGGCCGAAAACGCGCUACUGAUCAGAUAACUCGUACCCAUUACCGAAAUGAAGCCACGGCUACUGGUGACAUUCACAUUGUGGAAAUCGAUGCCGAUGGCCAAUUUGUACGGCUGGAAAAUAAAUCUGGAGAGGAUAUCGUUAUUGGUGGAUGGACGUUGCAUAUGCGCUCGGACAAUGAGGCCGAUAAUGAAACGAUCUAUAAAAUCCAUGGGCAUACGACUCUGAAGGGACAUUCCACAAUGACCAUUUGGUCAGCUAAUACGAACGUUACGCAUGAUCCGCCGUCGGACGUAGUAAUGGAAGGCCGUUGGCUGGUGGGUCAGAGCACUUUUGUUGCUUUAGCCAACAACAAUGGGGAAGAGGUGGCACGACGCGAGAUGGUACGAGCUUCCCAUGAAACUUCCGUUGUGGAUGGUUCCGGCGUACGCAAACGGGCUCGAAUUUCGACACGCGCCGUGGAAGCGGGAGAUGCUGACGGAGCGGAGAAAAAUUGCAUUCUGAUGUAAAGGCUGAUCCAAAAGCAUGGACAUGUCAUCCGUCUUGGUCAUCCAUCUAGUGGAAAUGUCUACUGCCCUGCUGAAGUUUCAUUUUUUUAUUCGUAUAAGAUAGUAAGGAUUGGUCAUAUCCGGAUGGAAUAGUUGUUUUCGUAAAUCGUGUCGGUGGUCAAUGCAUGAUUAGGUAUUUGAAUUUACUUUGCUUAGAUUGUAGCUGGAUUGUUUUUGUUGGUAUUUUUCUAAGGUAUUAUUCCUUUAUUCUGUAUAGGUGCACUUUUUUUGGCUAGACUAGAACUCUUGGUACCAAAUCGUAUGUAUUUGUCCGUCUGAAUUGUGAGUGCAUGCCAUCAUUUGGCCAUAAGUGUUUUGAUCAUUGCACGCCAAAUGUAUGUGCCAAAAUGGUAGUGUUGGGUAGUAAAAGUCCUUGCCAGUA